GGCGGCAGCGAGCCUUUGCCCGAAUCCCUCUUCUGGCUCCUCGUCACCGGCGAGGUCCCUACUCAGGAGCAGGUCAAGGGUCUUUCGGCCGAGUGGGCUGCCCGUGCAACCCUUCCCACGUUUGUUGAGGAUUUGCUUGACCGCUGCCCCAACACCCUCCACCCCAUGUCCCAGUUCUCGCUCGCUGUCACUGCUCUUCAGCACGAGUCUCAGUUCGCGAAGGCAUAUCAGAAGGGAGUCAGCAAGCUGGAGCACUGGGAUACUACCUUUGAGGAUUCCAUGGAUUUGAUUGCCAAGCUCCCCAACAUUGCCGGUCGCAUUUACCAGAAUGUAUUUAGAAACGGCGCCAAGGUUGCGCCCAUUGACCCCAACAAGGAUUUCGGAGCCAACCUCGCCAACCUCCUCGGAUUCAGUGACAACAAGGAAUUUGUUGAGCUGAUGCGCCUCUACCUUACGAUCCACUCUGACCACGAGGGUGGUAACGUUUCGGCACACACGACUCACUUGGUCGGCUCUGCUCUAUCAGACCCUUACCUGUCCUUUGCUGCUGGGUUGAACGGUCUUGCUGGUCCCCUUCAUGGACUCGCCAACCAGGAGGUUCUCCGUUGGAUCACCAAGAUGCGCGAGGAGCUUGGUGGAAAGGACGUCUCGGAUGAGACGAUCAAGGAGUAUGUCUGGAAGACCCUGAAGAGCGGCCAGGUUGUUCCCGGUUAUGGCCACGCUGUUCUCCGCAAGACGGAUCCACGCUACACAUGCCAGCGUGAGUUUGCGCUGAAGCACAUCCCCAACGACCCCCUGUUCAAGCUCGUCUCUCAGAUCUACACGGUUGCUCCUGGAAUCCUGCUAGAGCACGGCAAGACGAAGAACCCAUGGCCCAACGUUGAUGCGCACUCGGGAGUAUUGUUAUCUGCUUACGGAUUGGUUGAGCAGGACUUUUACACGGUGCUGUUCGGUGUGUCGCGUGGAUUGGGGGUGUUGUCCCAGUUGAUCUGGGAUCGCGCGUUGGGUAUGCCUCUUGAGCGCCCAAAGUCGUACUCGACCGCCGCCAUCAAGGCCAUGUAUGCCAAGAAGUAAACACUUUAAAGCACACACGCACACCCAUCCAUCCUCCGAUCUCUGAAGUUCAGUCUGUUUGUCUUUUUAGAAUGUUGUUCUCUCUUUUCGAAUACCUUUGGCGCCGUGGUACGCCAUCCACGUUCGCCUUGCACAUAGUCCCUCAGAAUAAAGAAAAAAAAAAGUUUCGUUCAAUAAUCGUUAGGGAAGAUAAAUCUGUAAUCUUUAGUAGGAUCCUCAGAGACAUACG